AUGUUCGCUCAGUGCAUCGCGCUGUUUCUGUGUUCGGUUGGACUACCAGUCACAGCCGUUAAAAAUGUUGGAACGGUACAAAACCCGGCAAAUCUGCAAAAUUAUAUCGUGGAUCUGGCAACCGGUAAUUUGUUGCCAGUGCAGACCUCCCAGCCUCAAGGACCAAACCCUGUGAACAAUUUGGGGACUACCGGUACUACCACAAACGGUCAGUCCAAUUACGUUGUGCUCAAUCAUGCGUAUUUGGGAAAGGACCCGUUAAGGAGCAAUAUUUUUCCGCAACAAGCACUAGAUAACUCUAUACUUUCAACCACCAACCAACUACUACCAGCCACAAACCAACCACCAGCGCCUGUCCAGAAUACCGUGCCUCAGGUACAAUCAACAUCGAAACCGCUAGCGACACAGAUAGCAAAUUCCAACCGAGAACCACCGAAACAAUCUGGUGGUAUGACUUUUACUGUCGCCACAGGCCCAGGGACAAAUUCUAACUUUAAAACAUUUGGAUCGCCUCCUUUGAUCAUUUUCGCACCCCAGAACCCAACUCCAUCCAUAGUCACUUCUACAGCUGUUAAUACAGGCAACACUGGAGCAAACACGCCAACAGGCACACCAGCUCCGAUUCCAGGCACCAACACCGUGGCUAACCCAUCAACGGCCCCGAAUCCAGUGCCUACAACUGGUGGAAACAAUAUAUUCACUACUGAUCCUGUACCACCCUCUACAAAUCCUGUCGAUCCUACACCACCCUCUACAAAUCCUGUCGAUCCUACACCACCCUCUACAAAUCCUGUCGAUCCUACACCACCCUCUACAAAUCCUGUCGAACCCACACCUACCAGCACCCACAACCCUUUCGUACCUAACGUGCCCGUCACAGACCCAACAUUUCAAUCAACCGGGCUACCAGUAAUUUUAAGCACUAUAGCAGAUCCAAUGAAAUCAGCGACAGGCAUACCGGGAUUGGCACCCCCGGGUCUGACGGGCGAGCAACUGUCUCAACUACUAACAUCUACCAAAAAUCCUCCUACAAUUUUUGAGCUUCAGACAGGUAUGCCAUUGAACGGAGGUGUUCUCAAUCAGCCAACAGGUACCACAACCAGUACCGGAGCCGUGGUAGUGGAUCCGUCAGUCAUUAAUACUCCUCAACCAGAACCGGAACCGGAACCUCAAACAACCACACCCACAGGCGUUCAACCAGAUCCGUCGGCCUCAUCAACUACUGCUACCAACCAGAACCAACCAAAUCGAAACCCAUUUUUACCACCAUUCGUGCCACCUUUCUUGGGAAAUCUGGCACCAAUCGAUCCAUCCAUUUUAUCUCCGUUGCAACCGAAUGCUGUUGGAUCUGGAUCAGUUACGUCAACGAGUACACCCGGAACUAACGGAGGAUCCCCUUCGACCAACCCUGGAUCGGCAACAAACGCAGCGCUUUUGGAUCAAGUGACACAACGUAAAGAAUCAUCGACUGCAGCUCUCGGCAACAUCCGGGGACUAUUAUCGGGCAUGAUAACCAGACCAACACAGAGGAUCAGUUUGGAUAAUCUCUUACGAGCAGCUACAACGAUCCAGAACCUCAAAGAUCAAGUUGCCACGGCUCAAUCGCAGAAAUCAAUAUCCAAGGUCCGUUCCUUGAUCAUUGAAGCCGCUAGGGUGGCCAACGUCAAAAUUUAAAACUACAAAAACUGUCACAGCUUCCAGAGUCAUGUACCAAAUCGUGGAAAGUUUAAUUUUGCUGUGUGCUUAACUAUCAUUUGGAUGCAAAAAGAAUAAAUUUUGUACAUCUAAUGAAAAACAUUGGCAUGUUGGAUUCUACGGGAAGAAUUUUUAGUUGGCAAGCCAGUUCGGAAGUAAUUAAAGUGUUUUGAGUGUGAGCAGACCCUGCCUCACAACAGAUAUAGUAUUUAUUGGUGGAGAUUAGGGAUCAGAUGUGCCUUUUCGUCACUGACAUUGGUUUACACACAGGGCUUUUUAUUGAUAAUGUAUAGUAUAGUCGUAUAGUCGUAUUUUGUAAAUGUAACGUUUUGGUACGAGUUACAUAUUUAAAAUGUUUUAUUUUUGUUAUGUGCUAUUUAAUAACAAUGUGAGGAUACAAAUAUUGUGCCCAUAUCAUUUAACCCCAUGAAUAAAUUAAUCCCGUAAAAGGGACGAAGACAGGG